AUGGUUCGUGCAAACCUCGCCGUCAGGUUCUUUUGGGGCGGCAUUGUAGCCCUAGCCCAGGUGCCGACGGAGUUGCCAGGACUUGUCGCCUUCUUUGACGUGGACCUGGAUUUGCACCAAAUUGAGGGCGUGUUGUCCUUCGUCAAGGCAUCAUCUGAAGUGAACAUUGACAGCUACAAGGUCUACUGGGGCUCGUCGCCCACUAUUAAACUUUUGCCAUUCUUUGAUCUGCCUGCGACAGGUUUUGCGCCCUCGUACAAUGUCCCGACAGGCACAGCAAUCCCGUCAGUUUCCGGAGUCUUUGCAACUCACUUCCUUGUAUACAGCUCCAAUUCAUUUGGAGAGAGCGCGACGGCCUCCAGUUUGGCAUUCACAGACCGCUAUGUGCCUGCGCAGGGGCCCAGCGGGGUUUCCUUUUCAGACACAGAUUUUAAGUACGGCGAGGUCACAGGGACGAUCACCAUUGCAAGAGCACCGAGUGAGUCAGACGUGACUAACUAUGUCCUUUACUGGGGAUCCUCACCCACCAGCUACCUGCUGUACAUUGCCUCGCUUCCCAUUGCGACGAACCCGCUAGUAUUCCCGCUUGCAUCUGCAGUAAUUCCCAGCGGUGGCACGCACAUUCUUGCAUAUACCAUGAAUGCAGAUGGGCUUAACGAGGCAUCCAUCGCGAGCACUUUCGUCUAUGACCAGGCGAUUCCAGAGCAUCCUCCAACUUCUUUGACCUUCGUCGACCUGGAUCUGGUUAAAGGCGAAUUAGGAGGAUUCAUUACCGUGGGCGCAGCCACGGAUGAAAGCAUCAUUACGUCAUAUGCCAUCUAUUUUGCAGUAGCUGCAACUGGUCCACCGGGUCCAAUAAUAGGAACUGCAACUGCAACUGGAAGCGAUACUGCAUAUUUCUUGCCGACGGACACUUUAACAUUGCCGGGCUAUCCGUAUCUGUUUGUACGCAGCAGAGGUACGGACGGAGAGAUGACGACUGGCAUAGGUGUUCUCGCCGUCGACAGAUACGUUCCUGUGCAUCCGGCUCAGUCAAUUUCAUUCACCGACGAAGACCUGCUCGGAGGUCAGAUUGCCGGCACUAUCGAGAUUACAUCUGCUGCAGAUGAAACUGACAUUUCCAAGUAUGGUAUUUACUUCGCUGAUUCCUUCCAACAGCCGCUGACGCUGAUUGCAGAACUUCUGCAAGGUCCCCUCAGUCCCAACCAUACACUGCCUGCAGGAACUGCGAUACCGAGCCAAGCACAGCACCUCCUGGUUCUCAGCGGCAAUGACGAUGGUUACAUGACGACCGGUGUUGCAAUGGUGCUCGUCGACUUAGCCUUGCCCGUAAAUCCCCCUGCCCAGCUUCAGUUUGAUGAUAUUGAUAUGGACGGUGGACAAAUUGGGGGUUCUCUUACCGUGAUGCGUGCCAGUGACGAGAGUGAUGUGACUGCAUACACUGCAUACUAUGGCAGCUCUGCCGUCGCCGACGCAUCUGCACAGAUACUGCUGCUUGGAGAAAUAGCAGUUUCAAGUCUUCCGCUUGGCAGCACAGCAGCGACCUUCACAAUUUCAACAAACACAGCUCCACCUGGUGCAGCCACUCAUUUCCUCGCAUUUAGCAAGAACGCUUUGGGCGAGGCUCCAUCCGGCAUCAGCACCGCCUUGGUAGACAAGACAAACGUUUUUCCAACCGUUUCGGUCGGCAGCGUCUCCUUCGUCGAUGUCGAUGUGUCCGUUAAUUUGGUCGGCGGCUCCAUAACUUGGCUAGCUCCAGCAGAUACAACAGGUCUCACUCACUACUCGGUGGUCUUGGCCUUGGAUGCUGCUGGCACUGGACGGCAAGUUGUUUGCUCGAGCAUCGCUAUCGGCUUUUCAAGCUGUGUUGUGGGCCUGGGCACAUCGCUUGGCAGCGGGUCAUUCAAGUUGACGCACAUAAUCGUCUAUACGAACAACGGCUUUGGUGAAGGACCGGGGCAAGCCGCUCUAAUUGUUGAUCGGGCGUUGCCAGACUCGCUGGUAUCCGCGGUGACUUUUUCUGAUACUGAUGCUAAUGUUGGUUCUGUGGGUGGAGCGGUUUCCUGGACCCCUCCAACCAAUCCUACCGAUGCUUCCCAGUUCACAGACUACACGGUUUACUUUGCGGAUGUUGCAGUCGCUCCGUCUGAUUCCAUAUUGCUUGGACAAGUGGCUUUCGGGACCAACACUUUAAGUGUGCCCGCUGGGCAAAGCCUUGCCAACUUUUCCUUCGUGUUUGUCUACACUAAGAACUCAGCAGGAGAGGCACUGUCCGGUAGCUACUCUGCAAUCGUGGACCGAUUCUUGCCGCGCUUCGUGGUGCGGAAUUUGUUCUUCUGGGACCAGGAUCUGACUAUUGACGAAAUCGGCGGUGACCUUUCGUGGCUCGAGCCUGACGACGUUUCAUCCAUCGAUGCUUACAGAAUCAAGAUAAAAUGUGUCAGUGAUCAGGUUUUCGUUCUGGGGCAGGUAGCAGUUGGGUCCACUCGCUUUCAGAUCCCUUUCAAUACUCCUCUGGCCAAUUGCACGGACCUGGUGGUGGUUGCCGUCAAUGCCAUCGGAGAGUCUUCUGUGAAUGUCACCACCGUUAUCGAAGAUAACUCCUUGUCCAGUUGUCCAAACGAGACCAGCCACAGUUUCCGGUCCAGUAGUUGGCGCAUGGUGGCUUAUAGCGAGGUUUCUCAUGCUUGGCGGAUUCAGAGUGUUGGUUUCUACAAGGACCCGAUGUGCUCUGAGCAGUUGGAAGCUGUGCCUUUCGACUGGCCUCGGCGUCCUCGCCUGCUGACUGGUGCUCCCUUCUCCCUUCCGCCUGAUCCACGAAAUCUGCACGAAAUCUUCAAGACUGGAGCUCCGCGAGGCUUCUCUUGGCAAGACAAUGCGUCGCAAGCUGAAAGCUUGCCUUGGUGGUCUUCAGGUACUCCGUGUCCAGCCUACGAGCCGAACAUCUCUGCGGAGCCUGCAUGUGCUGUCGGUUUCCGAUGGGAGUCUGAUGUUUUGGGCCGCGGACGGAGUAUGGGCUCAACAGGCCGGGUGGAGAAGUCGCUCUAUGCAGUACAUUGUGUGGAGAUCGUGCAAUCAAGCAGCCUUGGUGAGUAUGCGUCAGAGAUUGCGCUUCAGUGGUAUGAUUCAGGUAGAAACAUAUAUCGGACCUUGCUGAAGAGACAAGUUGGAGGUGGAAAGAUAACCAUUUCCUACCAAGGUGUCUUGGCAGCGGAAUGCCAGGCAAGGCUGUCAUAA